UGGAAUACCCCCCAGGUCAUCACCCGGCGCGGGGCGUCCUCGUAAAUAAAAUGACGUCAUCUUUUGUCUAAAACGGGGGGAGGGGGUACGUUCGUUGAUCAGGCACGCUCGGCCUGUGGGGCGGUGCAGUCCGAACGGCCGAAGUCCGCGUGCGCGCACCGGCGUCAUCCCCUGGAAAUGGGUCUCUUUUUUUUUUUUAGGCAGCACGUGACCCCGCAGCGGUAAACACGCACCAGGCCGAGCCGGAAUCCCGCACGCGCCGCCGUCUGUCCAGGAUGCUCGGCUAAUGCUAGCUUUGGUUCCGAAUUCACAAAUUAAUUAAGGCUUUACUCAUUGCUCGGUCCAAACCGAACCAGAACCUAGGGAGGUGUCUCCAACCCCAAAUCGAGUGAAGCCAAAAACGCUUUGUUCGAGUCGCGCGUGAGAAAACCUAGAGUUCCCGCCAUAACUUUUCCAGAACUGUUAUGUCCUUGUUCCUGUUAAAUUGCAUUUAGGCUCUGGUUCGGGUUUCGUGACAUUGGGUUUCUGUUGGUUCGGACGGGAGCCGCGGCUCCCGUCGGUACAGCGGAUUCGCCGUGCGCGCGCCCGCUUCGCUGCUCUGUGCCUUUAAGAGCGUCACGUUGUUACCGGAAGUGUGAGGGGUGUUUCCAGCUGACCACAGUCCCCCCACCCCCCGCUCGGCGCCCCCGUUCAGACCCGCCAUCCGCGCCGGAAACCGAGAAGUCGGGGAUCCACCCCGCCCGGCGCCCCCCCCCCUCCCUCCAUUCCAGCCGCCGUCGGUCUCCGGACUGUCAUGAUCCCGGCGCGGAGAUGGCGUCCUUUCCCGGUUCGUGUCAGGCCGUCGCGCCCGCGCAGGAGGAGAACGGGGAGCUGGACGGCUCCCUGCAGCAGAUGCUGAAGGCCAUCGCCGACGAGAGGAACCGCCUGAACAGCCGCCAGGAGCUCAGCGGGAUCGGCUGCUUUAAGGACGACCGCAUCGUUUUCUGGACCUGGAUGUUCUCCACCUACUUCAUGGAGAAGUGGGCGCCGCGGCAGGACGAUAUGCUGUUCUACGUGCGCAGGAAGCCGGCCUACAUGAGCGCGGACAACGGCGAGGGCAGAAAGGUGGAGGUGGAGGUCUACAGGAGGGACUCCAAGAAGCUGCCGGGCCUCGGAGACCCUGACAUCGACUGGGAGGAGAGCGUCUACCUGAACCUCAUCCUGCAGAAGCUGGACUACGUGGUGACGUGCGCGGUCUGCACGCGCUCAGACGCGGGGGACAUCCACAUCCACAGGAAGAAGUGUCAGGAAGUGUUCGCCUCGCCCAGUAAACACGCCAUGGACAGCAAAGGGGAGGAGUCCAAGAUGAGCUACCCCAACAUCUUCUUCAUGAUCGACAACUUUGAAGAGGUGUUCAGGGACAUGACGGUCGGCGAGGGCGAGAUGGUCUGCGUGGAGCUGGUGGCCAGCGACAAGAGCAACACCUUCCAGGGCGUCAUCUUCCAGGGCUCCAUUCGCUACGAGGCGCUGAAGAAGGUCUACGACAACCGGGUGAGCGUGGCCGCUAAAAUGGCGCAGCGGAUGUCUUUCGGCUUCUACAAGUACAACAACAUGGAGUUUGUGAGGAUGAAGGGGCCGCAGGGCAAAGGUCACGCAGAGAUGGCGGUCAGCAGGGUCCCCACGGGCGACACGUCGCCCUGCGGCACCGAGGAGGAGCAGCCCUCCCCCGUGCAGGAGAGGGUGACGUCGUUCAGUACCCCCCCCACGCCGGAGAGGACCCGCCCCUCCUUCUUCUCGCCGUCUCUGAGGAGGAAAAUGCCUCGAAACCGGAUCACAGAGAUGAAGAAGUCCCACUCCGCCAACGACAGCGAGGAGUUCUUCAGGGAGGAGGAGGACGAAGAUCUCCACGCCACCACCAACCUCCGCUCGCGCUCGCUGUCCGGAACCGGCCGCUCGCUCGUCGGCUCCUGGCUGAAACUGAACCGGACGGAGGACUACUUCCUGCUGUACUCGCACCUGACCUACGUCACGCUGCCGCUGCACCGCAUCACCACAGACAUCCUGGAGGUGCGGCAGAAGCCCAUCCUGAUGACGUAACAGAGCCGGACCCCCACCACGACCAAGUGCCUCCCCGCAGCAGCGCCCCCUGGUGUCCAGGCGGAGGCGCGCCACAGAAAACCAGCCGUUCAAAAAGUGCCUCGUCUCCAUGGAAACGGGCCAGGCCUCAGGACCACGGGCCGAGUCUGACCCGGAAGGAGGGGAGAGAGGAAAGCGAGCUUUACUGUAAAUAACCUGCUGCCUUGCUCACUGAACUGUGCAGCGCCACCUGCAGGACGUCCGACGUGGAGUCGGGUGGGUCGGGUCGGACCUGCCCAGCUCACUGACUGGUUCUCAGUUAACCCGUUCACCUGAAAGUCACAGGAACCAAAGGAACCAACGCAGAACUGUUCAUGUCUGAAACCAGCAGCUCUGGAUCAGAACCGCUUGUGGGUUUGACUCCCUUUCAUUUUGGUUCAAGCAUGACGUCACGCACACCGUCACCCUCGCCGCGUCACCUCAGUACUGGUUCUGGAAGGAACAUUUGUCCCACGUGCUCCUGAAGCCUUAACCCGACUCAGUCCUCCUGCUCCUGACCCGGUUCUGCCUCGUUUACACCACAGAACCUCCCUGGGUCUCCAACUGAGAUUCGGUCUCAGGUCACAACGCAGGCUUCAGUGGGCGUGUCCCAACGUCACCGUUUUUUUAAAAAGGUCGAUCUUAACGGCGUCAAACCCCGGAGACGACGUGGAGCCCAGCCCACUGACGGGUCACAUGACCCUGGUGCGGUUUCCCUGGUGAUGUUGUUAAAGGGGCGGGGUCACACUGAGACGUGAUUGACAGUGAUCAGAGUAGUUUUCACAUCUGGACUGUUUCAGAAGAACCAGAACUCUUCCAGAACCGUUCGUGCAGAUCAGCGGGUUUCCCAGCUGACGGCUCACUUUGUUUUCAUAUUCUGUCCUUUCUGGGGAAUUGAACCGUCGUCGUGUGACGGCGUCAUCCCCACCACUAGAUGUCAGUAAGCCCCUCCCACCAGGAAGGAACAUUAAACUUUCAUAGAACUUC